CCCCUAGGCAUUGCCCCCAACCCAACGUGGACUUUAGUGCUGAUUUUUUAUUUUUAUUUGCUUCAAAAAUUUUCUAACAGUUCAUCAGAGUUGCAGAUCUCGAAAGAACACAUCUCUCUCUAUCUAAAACUCUAUUUCUCAGAAACAUUAUUAUAUUUUGUUUGUUUUGUACAGAGUAGAGUUGAGUUGAGUUUGAUGAUGGCGGUUCCUGUGGUUCAAUUCCCGAUCUUUGUUAUGGUGAGGAUGAUCGGAGUGCUGGUGACAAUUCUAGUCCUUACAUGGACUCUACAUUACAGAGGAGGAUUAGCUCUCAUCUCCGACAACAAAGAUCUCAUCUUCAAUGUCCAUCCUGUAUUGAUGGUGAUUAGUCUCGUACUUCUCAACGGUGAAGCCAUGCUGGCUUACAAGACUGUCUCAGGAACAAAGAGCCUCAAAAAACUAGUUCAUCUUUCAUUACAAUUUUUGGCUUUCUGUUUGAGCAUAAUUGGUUUUUGGGCUGCUUUGAAAUUUCACAACGAUAAGGGCAUCGACAAUUUCUACAGCCUGCACUCAUGGCUUGGCCUGGCUUGUCUUCUUCUAUUUGGCUUCCAGUGGGCUGCUGGAUUUGCAAUCUUUUGGUACCCAGGUGGUUCGAGAAACAGCAGAGCUACCUUGUUACCAUGGCAUGUAUUUUUUGGGGUUUACAUUUACGCCCUCGCUGUUGCUACCUGCACUACAGGCAUCCUAGAAAAAGCCACAUUCCUUCAAACUCACCAGAUUAUAACACGCUAUUCUAAUGAGGCAUUGCUAGUGAACUCUUUGGGUGUCUUGAUUGUUGUUCUGGGUGGUUUUGUUGUUCUUGCGGUUGUUUCUCCUGUGAAUGGCAAAGGUGACGUUCCCAGAAGAUCAGUAGAGUAAGGAUGAAUUGUAUAUGUUUGAAAUUUGGUAUGCCUAAGAGGCCUGUUCAGUUGUACGCUUACAGGGUUUGUACUUGUACAGAUUUGGAUGUAACUGAACUAGAACUCAAUAAAUUUUUCUUUGAUUGAGAGUUUGAUUACCAAGUGA